CCCCGCGGCGGCCGGAAGCGGCGGCGGCGGCGGCAGAGUGGACGGGGGGCCCGCGACGGAGUGAGCGCUGGGAUCCGCACACCGGCGGCAGGUGUGAGCCGUCCGGAUGGCGGAGUCCGGACCGCAGCCGCCGGGCGGCGCACCCAGCCGGCACGAGAAGAGCCUGGGGCUGCUCACCACCAAGUUCGUCUCGCUGCUGCAGGAGGCCAAGGACGGCGUGCUCGACUUGAAGCUGGCAGCAGAUACUCUGGCAGUGCGGCAAAAGAGACGGAUUUAUGAUAUUACAAACGUCCUCGAGGGCAUCGGGCUAAUCGAGAAGAAAUCGAAGAACAGUAUUCAGUGGAAAGGUGUGGGGCCUGGCUGUAAUACCCGAGAAAUUGCCCACAAGUUGAUUGAGUUGAAAGCAGAGAUUGAGGAUCUAGAGCAUCGGGAACGAGAACUGGAACAACAAAAGAUGUGGGUGCAGCAAAGUAUCAGAAAUGUCACCGACGAUGUACAGAACAAAGAAUUAGCAUAUGUGACAGAUGAGGAUCUUUGCAAGUGCUUCCCAGGCGACACUCUGCUGGCCAUCCGGGCUCCAUCAGGAACCCAGCUAGAAGUUCCUGUCCCUGAGGGCUUAAACGGCCAGAGGAAAUACCAGAUCCACCUGAAGAGUAGCAACGCUUCCAUUGAUGUUCUUCUAGUGAACAAGGAUGCCUGGAGUUCUCCUCCGGUGGUGCUUCCUGUCCCUCCCCCCGAAGACCUCAUUCAGUGCCAGCCAAUCACACCCUCCACAAAGCCAUCCGUUGCCCCAUCCCAAGAGACCUCUCUUCCCAGCGGUGCCCACCCUCCUGUAUCUGUACCCAACAGCACGCAAGACCACAGAUCCCCAGUGCCCAAAUCGGCCACCGGGACAGAGACAGGCACCGCGAACGCAGAAUCAAAAAGCAGUGGGGAGCUGGAGUCGCUUACCCCUUCGACUGUACCGGCCAGCCCGCCGGCUGGGCUUGAUACGCAGCCUCUUCAAUCCUCUGCCUUGCUGGACAGCAGUUCUGUCCUACCCAGCUCCUUUACCUCUUUUGAACCAAUCAAGUCCUUCCCCACAGAAAUACUGGAAUUUCCCAAAGAGCUUUCAGAAAUGUUUGAGCCAACCAGAGAGUGCGUGAAUUCCGAGUUGCUUGAAGAGCUGAUGUCAUCUGAAGUGUUUGCUCCUUUACUCCGCCUCUCCCCGCCUCCCGGAGACCACGACUACAUCUACAACUUGGACGAGAGCGAAGGGGUGUGCGAUCUUUUCGACGUCCCGAUUCUCAACCUCUGACUUUGACUGACGGGAUGGACUUUGGGAUACGGAUUCUUCCCCCCCCAACCUUUUUUUUUUAAAGAAAGAAAUCUGUAUCGAGGGAAUGUGGGGGGCGGGGGGGGAACACGCCCCCAACUCUUCAUUUUGGAUUUUUUUUUGUCUGCUAGUGCUUGAGUGAAACACAGCUGCUCUGAUCUAGACCGAAAAACCAACGAGGAGGAGACACUCGUCUCCAGCUUUUUUUUUCCCCUUUCCUUUUCUUCCCUGGCUUAUUUUAGUCCAUUCCUUGUCCUUCCAUGGAUCCUGGAUGGGCCUCCUCCUUCCCUCCCAGGCACCUGCUUUUGAACCUUGCCGAGCAGCAAAAGCGCUUCCUUGGGUCCGCACCCCUCCCUCCCCCUAGCCUGUUUUGGCAUCCCUGCACUGCUGGGGGCACUUUGCAUUCCCCCCCCCAAUCCUUCCUUCUUCCUUUCUGGUUACCAACAUUACAGCCGAAUCGUAGCCAGGUGGUUUUUGGGAAAAAUGCCACCUCUGGCUUCCCCUUUUUUUUGGCUCGUUUGUAGAAUUCAAACACCGGGGCGUUCUCUCUCUAGGCAUCGUCUGCUUGUGGCAUGAUGGAAUGCAAGCAUCUCAGCCGCUCUCAGGAUCGGUUCUAGUUUUUUUUGUUUGUUUUUUAAUGUGCUUAGAAGUGGCGUUUCAAGUAACCCUCCUGGUGCAUCUCUUAACACAAAGCACGAAGCCCCUUUCCCCCUUUAGAGGGUGUGUGUGUGUGCGUGCGUGUGAGUGAGUGCGUGUUUUUAAGGUGCCAGUUUUGCACAGUCACUUUUCCCUCCAAAGAGUCAGAAGUGAGAAAGGAUUUGUAAAAAGGGCGUGCAAAAACCAAGCCGGGGCUUCAAGCAGAUGGCGCUCAGCGCAAAGCCCUCUUUUGCAUACCCAUCCUGGGUUGUCAUCCCGUUCACCCUCCCCGUUUGCAGCUGUGCUGCUUCAGCAAAGGAAGAGCUGGCUGGGGGCUAAAUUGGGAGGCUCUCAAGAUCCCCCCCCCAAACGUCUCCAUCGGGACCCGCCGAUGAAGGCGAUUUAGUCACACCUAGUGAAGUGAGUCUCGAUAGCGUGUCCUCCUCCCAUAGCCGCUAGAAUAGGGCUUUCCCGGAUGCGCUGGGGAUGCGGUUUCCCUUCGCGAUACGCUAGCAGCAUGACGUCGCCGGUCCUGUUGACGCAGUCCUUCUCUUUGGAACUCAACCAUGACGUGCCCCUUUCCCGCAUUCUCUCCAAUACGCUCCGUCAGGGUCCUCUCCUGAUCCUUGGGAUGUGGAAGCAGCCCUCGCUUCCCCCUUCCUCCCCUCUGCACUUCCCAACAUCCUCCCCCUUGAAAGCCAUAUCCUUUUCAACGCCCGUCAGCCUCCGGGUUACGCCGUAUGCAAACCCCGAAGGCUUUUGCGGGUGCUGCCCCAGUGACCCAAAGCCCACCUCCUGCCAUGUGGCUGGUAGAGCGGGCAGGGUUUUGAUCCGAAGGGGGGAGCUCACGCUCUCACAUCCCAGCCCUUGUAACGACCUGGCUGAAAAUCUCUGUUAGAUGGGGACUGAAUGAAGUGUGCUGCUUAGAAUUGCGGAAAGGUUCGUGUGAGCGGGCAGGCCUGAUCCUGACAUCCCCUUCCCCCUGUAAUCAGGGAAUGUUUCUAAUGUCAUUAGGGAGACCUAGGCAAAGCUGCUUCCCCCCCACCCCCGUUUCCGGUAUCUCAACCUUGACAGCUAUUAAGAUGGGCGGACUUCCACUUCUGGAAUUCCCUAGCUAGCCCUACUGCCUGGGAAAUUCUGGGAGUUGAAGUCCCCCCCCCCUCCAAUCUUCAAGCUAUCAAGUUGAAAACACUGGGCUCUAAAGGAUCCACAAAAGCGACUUUUGACUUUUUCUGGAUAGGAAAUAGAUCUAGAGAUUUUUCACCACUCCAGGAGCAUCUUUCUCGGCCUCUAGGCACAGGACU